CUUAUAUAUUUAUCAAAAGGUUAUCUCCAAACAUGACUGAACCAGAGCUACUGACGGAAGUCCCUGCUGCUUUCAAGCGGCUUGCGAAGUUGAUUGUUCAGGGAUUUUAUGGGUUGGAGCAUGCCUUAGCCAUGGAUGUGCUGAUCCAUCACCCUUGUGUACGUGAGGAGGACAUGCUGGAGCUCCUGAAGUACGACCGUAAGCAGCUGCGCUCGGUUCUCAACACUUUAAAGGCAGACAAGUUAAUAAAAUGUCGUUUGAGAGUGGAGACAGCACCUGAUGGCAAAUCAACACGGCACAACUACUAUUUCAUCGAGUACAGGUUGCUGGUCAACGUGGUCAAGUACAAAUUGGAUCACAUUCGGCGGCGGAUUGAAACUGAUGAGAGAGACUCGACCAACCGUGCCUCUUUCAGGUGUCCCUGCUGUUCUUCAGCCUUCACAGACCUUGAGGCCAAUCAGCUGUUUGACCCAGUGACAGGUACAUUUCGAUGCACCUUCUGCGGGACAGAAGUAGAGGAAGACGAGUCGGCUGUCCCCAAAAAAGACGCCAGGACUUUGGUUGCACGAUUUAAUGACCAGAUUGAACCCAUCUACGUGCUGCUGCGUGAAAUUGAAGAUGUAAACUUGUCACGUGACCUGCUGGAGCCUGAGCCUGCUGAAAUUCCUGCCCUCCGACACCUGCGUGAACGUUCUGCAGCGGGAGCAGUGCCUGCAAGUGGCCAACACCGUGAGACCUGGUCCACCAAAGGCUCAUCAUAUGCUGACCUGUACACACAGAAUGUGGUGAUUAAUAUGGACGACCACGAUGACCCGCGGAAACAAGACAAUGAGGACAAAGCACUGAAGGAGAGGCCCGUCUGGCUGACCCAGAGUACUGUACAGGGUGCUUACAGUGAGCCUGAUGCCCUCAAGAGCCGUGAUGACAUGCUACCUGCAGCGCAGGAUGGAGUAGCCGGUCAUGGAAUUGGUCACACAGAUGAAAAUGAGGUAAUGCGUGCCCUUCUCAUCCACGAGAAGAGGAGAGCAGUCAGCGGAGCGAGUGCGGCGGCUCGGGGCCUCACCUCUGCUACAGCGAAUGCCAGCGACUCAGAGAGCGACACGAGCGAAUCAGAUGUGGACUCUCACACGGGCCCGAAUCCGAAUCCUGCCGUGGCUGCUCAGCACGGCCUAAAGGAAGAGGACGAGGACGAUGAGUUUGAGGAGGUGGGGGAUGAGCCAAUGGUGAUGGUGGGAGGACGGUCAUUCUCUUACCAGGAGGUGAGCCAGAGGCCAGAGCUGGUGGAGCACAUGAGUGCCGGAGAAAAGGAGGCCUACAUUAAAAUGGGACAAAAGCUCUUUGAAGACAUAUAUUUCUGAAUGUGCUCUUUCACAACACGUUAAAACCAAGUGGUAAGCAGCGAUGGCCUCAGGUGAUGCCCUACCAGGAGAGGAAGAAAA